AGUUGAUAAAAUUAGGGUUCAAAGUUAAAACGGCUCUUUCAUUCCUCACUUUCCGGCAGCCUCGUCACCCUCUUCCCAGUUCACACCCCUUUCCCUUUCUAGGGUUCACGCAGACACGCACAGAGCCACUGGCUAUUCUGCAACCGCCUCUUGUCCCACAGUCGCCACUUGCCGAUAACUUCUCUGUUCAACUUAAGGCCUCUCGUCGCACACUCGCCACAGUUUGAUUUGAAGAGAUUCUAUAAUCAAUAAUUAAAGAUCACGGAAUGGUGGGACUAUCUGUUGGAGAGAAGCAUUUUAUACAGGGAGGAAUUGCUCAAGACCUUCGUACAGAUGGGCGUAAAAGAUUAACUUAUCGCCCCAUAUCUGUUGAAACUGGAGUCAUUGCUCAGGCAAAUGGUUCAGCAAGAGUAAAGAUGGGUAAAACUGAAGUCAUAGCUAGUGUGAAGGCUGAAUUAGGAAGACCAAAUUCUUCAGCCCCUGACAAAGGAAAAGUUUCCAUAUACAUUGAUUGCAGUCCCACAGCAGCACCACAAUACGAGGGAAGAGGAGGUGAAGAAUUGUCAAUGGAACUCUCUGCAGCCUUGCGACAAUGUCUUUUGGGUGGUAAAACUGGAGCAGGAGCUGGAAUUAAUCUUUCAUCUUUGUCAAUUGUGGAAGGGAAAGUGUGUUGGGAUUUAUACAUUGAUGGUCUUGUGAUAAAUAUAGAUGGAAAUAUACUCGAUGCCUUAGGUGCUGCUAUCAAGGCUGCUUUAAGCAACACAGGUAUUCCAAAAGUCAAUGUUGCUUCAACUGCUCCUUCUGAUGAACAACCAGAAGUUGAUGUGAGUGAUGAAGAGUUUCUACAAUUUGACACAACUGCAGUUCCUGUCAUAGUUACUUUAACUAAGGUUGGGAGGCAUUAUAUAGUGGAUGCAACUUCAGAGGAGGAAUCAGAAAUGAGUUCAGCAGUUUCGGUUUCGGUCAACAGACAAGGACUGAUUUGUGGGUUGACCAAAAGAGCUGAAGCAACCAUGGAAGAGGAGUGA